GUUUUGUUAUUGCAGCGGCUUAGAUGUCAACACGUCAGUAUAACUAUUUACGCGUUACUGUUUUUUCCUUCGUUUUAAUUGUUUUAGUGAUCGCGUUUUCAAAAUAUUUCCAAAAAAAUACUGGUUAUUUAUUCAAAAUAAAAUUUUCAAAAUUUUCCUUUUAUGUUCGUACCUUUUACUCGUUUUUUUCGCUUGAAUAAAGGGUACUGCAUUGUGUAAAUAUAUUUUUGAACGAGUUCUUGGUUGUUGUUGUUAUUAAAGAAACAUAUGUUGUAGAGUUAUUUAUCGCCCGCAUGCACUUUAUUUCACCGGCAUAUACCAACAAUGAGCAUACAGGAUGAAAGCUUUCCACAUGACGAACUCUUCGAGAUGGAUCUCUCGCCGACACCGCUUAAUAGAUUUCAAUUUCCGCACCGCCUGCGUGAACGGCAACAACAAAAACUGUACAACGGUGAAAUUCCCAAAAGCCCACUUACUUUGGUGCACAAUUUCAACACAUCUAGCUCAUCCGCAGACCAGACCAUCUCCUCAGCUGAAUCCGCAACGGAGCAAGCACAUAACGCGGCCAUGUUACACAAUGAUCGUAUGAUCAAGAGCGAUCAAAGUGGUCUAGCUAGCAUGGGUGAAACUCGCGGACAGCUGCUUGAAGGCAAACAGAAAUCACACUCUUACCAUGACAUACAUACGGCAUACACGAAGCGUCGCUACAAGCAUGUGGAGAGCAAAGUCGGACAAUAUAUCGCCAAUAUACGCAGCGAAGAUGAGCGGCGGCGGAACAAGUUAGCGCGCUUCCAAAGACAUCGCUCCAUGCCCGAAGCGCUGGUGCACGAUCCGCAAGCAUUGAAGAGGUUGCAGCUGCAGCGGGGAGUCACCAUGAUGGCGGACAAGUUGAAUCAAGCACUUGUGCAUGUAAUUGAUGGUGUCGAAGAGGAGAACGAGGAGGAGGAGGGCGUAGCGGAGCAGGAAGCAAGCACAGACUUAUCCGUCAGCAAUGUAACAGCGUUGACAUCAGCGACUAUGUCCACGCAAAGCGGCAGUGGUGGCGCUGCUGACGACGAUGAUGACGAUGAGGACAAUCAUAGACGGCGAGCAGACGAAAGUGCUAAUGGUGUUUCGUGUGUUGCUCAUAAAAUGGGCGUAGUUGAUAAAGCUACUUAUGCGCUAUUGCUAAACGAGCGCGAUCGCUUGCAAUCGUACAAUGAUCACCAGCAGAUAAUACUGGAUGAAAAGCAAAGUGAAAUUAUACGUCUCAGACAUAAUGUGGACGUCUUGCGUGUACAGUUGAGUACCAUCGAGGAUCAGCUGAAACGAAAUGGCAGCGGUCGUCAAGGGUUGACCGGCAUGACAAGCGGUUCGUUUGGCCACAGCCAGUCGGUUACGAAUGGCAUGCCUUAUUGGGCUACAGGACGACAGUCGUUGCAGGGUUUGCUUUAUUGCGCCAGCAAAACGACGAAGGCGACACAGACAGAAUUCGCGCGCCAUACGCCACCCCCACCACCGCCGCCAUCACCAUCGCCGCUCCAUCUCGGACUGCCACACAAUGAACAGCACCUUUUUGUGACACCCGAAAUGUCGGACGACAACAAUAACCAUUGCGUGGAUGGUACAACCGAGACGACGGAACGGAACAUGAAGAGUGUGGCGGCAAUACAACCCAUGUCAUUGAAUUUCAGCAACUACACAGAUGCGGCGAGCGCCGAACGGCGUUUGGCUAAAGAUAGUGCUAUUUUGCGCAGGCGCAGUAAUUCUCUUAAAUUUCGACAUAUACAAGUCCAAACGAACGCCACACACCACAACGUCAAGUCGCAACACAAUUCGCGCACCAGUCAGCCGAGCAGCUCUGAUUCAGCCAUCGAUGUCGAAGUGAUUGAGUUGUCUUCGUCGCCGAAACCAGCACGUCGUAAGCGCUAUGGCGUCGAACUCACCACCACUGAACACGCCACUUUUGUGUCGAAAGUGCGUAAUUUGCAUUAUGAUCGUGAUCAGCGUACACCUUCGCCAUCGGGUCUAUAUAUCGAGCGUUGCCCCAACAGCACCGCUAUGGAUAUGUCAGCGGUUGUAGAUACAACGCAAGGUGCAGCGCGCAGAUCGGCACUUAAGAGGAGCGGUGGUAGGUCCAUCUCACGUCGCUGGCUGCGUUUGUUUGGCAGUUGCAUGCGUUGUAAGAAUCCUCAGCAGCACGAACGCGAGCAAUUCGCUCUGCAACAGACGUACACACAAAUUCCGUUGUUGGAGCAUACUUUCGAUAAGAGCACCAUACCGUUGCACUCGAAUUAAAGUGUUGCCAUUGAUUGAGUUUAAAUUCUUUUUUAUAUUUUUCAUUUUAGUUAGUUUUGUUAAGUUAUAUUAUCGUGCUUGAAUUGGAGUUUUUUGGCGUUUAUUUCGUAUAUUAACUUGAUUUCUUUAUGUACUCUUUAGUUAUUUAUUGUUUAAGUAUUCUUCGCUCUCUAUGUUAACAUUUUAAAAGUUGUUUCUAUUUAGUCUGCUUGUAGUAUCACUAUUAACCUUUCACUUCAAUAAAUAAAAACACAAAAUAAAAAAAAAUUAAAAAAACAUUUAUCCUUCAUGAAAAGAUGAGCACGUGUUGACAGCAUAACUCCAAGCAGGAUCAUCUGAAGUGAAAAUAAAAAUACGUUUUUCAUCAAGACUUUAAACCAGAAAUUGGACAAAGUAAAAAUUUGAAAAUUGGUCCUGCUUGAAAAUGUAGUGGGUUUGGAGAAAAUUUACAAUCGACUUCAAAAUAAACGCUUUUGAAGUUUUGAGUGACAAUAAAGCUACUCUGGAGGCGGAAAUUCUUCAGAAUAUUUCCAAACCGAUUGUGUUAUUCGGAUCGACAUGAAAUUGUAGAGCAAUAUUCUAGAUAAAAUAAUCGUCACUAUUUCCGUAGUCGUGAUCAUUUUAAAACGAUAUAAGUGGCAUUCCAGUUAUCGACAUUUAUCGAAAAUAAAUUGGGAUUCCCCAUUUUGAAACGAGCAUAGUAACGACAUAGAAACAGUCGUUCAUUGUUGUUGUAAUAAUUGAGGCGAGAUAGAAAAGAACGCGGUUAUCUGAAAGAAUAUUUGAAGUAAAGCAAUUAUGAAUCAGAAAAA